CAACACUUCCUUCACCGUGUCCAGAGCAUCCAAAGGCUCGAGACUAUCUCUUGUCACGAUAACAGGCAGUUGCUGUCACCCUGGUGGAGGGCAUCCUCGUCCCGACGGUGAUGUCCCCUACAGCUCGCCACCCUCUCCCUGGAACACCUUCUACGCGGUCUCACGCUGGUCGUAGCCGCCAGAAGGUUUCCAUCGCCAACAGCACAGCUGCAAGCUCUGCAACGACAUCUCCAGCCCCAUCAACUGAAGGUAGUCAUCUCUCUGUUGACAUCUCGACUUCCGUUAGUGAUCUGGAUGAUUACGCCGAGCAUCUACUUCCAGCGUCCCUUACAUCAGCAGGAAUGAAGCUUCCCUCUGUCAACCACAAACCUCCACAUACCAGGACUAUCGACCACCGCCGAUCAUCCGGCCGAGUUCGAAAGCCGAGUGUCAAAGCUCGAGCUCAGUCUGAAGAUGUCGACAUCGACGGCUCUGCAUCCCAGAUUCUGGAAAGCGAGACCAUUGUCAUCGGAGGUACCCCAAGCAGUCGCCAAGAUACGAUGACUGGCAAUGCAAACCAACCACUUGUCACAGACCCCGCUCCUGCUAGCCAUCAUCCGCUCAAGUCUGAUCAUGGACAUGUUGUUGCAAGAUCAGACGUACCUAGGCGAAAUUCCCAAGUGGUUGACGCCGCAAUGGAUAAUGGAACCCCCCAGUCGACAUUGAUGCCAUCUCCCACUCGCAGAUCUUCGGCCAGAGAACGAAAGCCGACUCUGAAGGUGCUCGAGAUAGAGUCUCCGACACCAAAGAAACGCUCGCCACCAGAGGCCGAAGAUCCGCGCCCUACCAAAACUCUGAAAAUUACCAUCACAGAGCCAAAGAUGCCAUCAAAACUACGCUUUUCGUUGUCUUCUAGCGCUGCUGAGACAGACCGUCGUGAGGAAGAGGAACCCAUGUCGGUCACGGAGCCCAGACAAGACUCUGUGCACAAGCCGUCAAAGAUCGUCCGUCUAUCCGUUCCUAGGUUGGGCCAAUGGCUCCAAGAUCGACAAAACGCCAAAAAUCCCCCAAGACUUAGACUACGACUUUCUUCGCAACGACAGACUCGUACGAGCGAAUCUUCAAGUGAGAAAAAGGCAAACGCCCCUCCGAAAGCCAGAAAGUCCAAAGUAGCAAAGACGAAGCCUAUCGAGCUAGCUGGCCCAGCAUCUUGUUCCUUGGCUUGUCUGUCGGAUUCGGCACGUCUUCUGGCCAUGGCAGAAAUUGCACUCAUGAUGCCAGACUCGGACAAUGAAGACGAACAGGUUGUCCCCGGUAGUGCUCAAGACUGGAAGAGUUAUACUGCCGCUCUCUGUCAAUGUGCCAAUCCAGUUUCCGUGAGCAGUAGCCGAACCAACUCUGUUGAGCUCUUGCUUGCGUUGGAGCCAAACAAAGUGGCGGCCACAGUACCUCAAGAGCGCGACACGCCCGUGGAAAUGACCAAAGACAUUUUCCAGAUGCCUGUCAACACGAUUCUCAAUGCUGACGAGUCCAGGCGAGUCCAUCAAUUGCUCUCCAGUGUAACCACCGAGCACGCAAGUAAUCCGGGCGAGAGAGCAGCUUCAGAUCCUACGGCACCUAGCCCAUCCGCCGGGUUUUCUCCUGUCACUCGACGCAAUGGAAAAGGGAGAGCUACGGAGGAUGUUAGUGAGGUCAACGGAUCAAUUGAAGCAUCUGGAAGUGGCAUCUCUAUGCCAAUGUAUGCCGGAAAUAAUAUACCCCUUCUAGUAACGCCCAAGAAGACUUAUGAAGAUCGACUCCGAGAAGAUCAUGUGGCAUUGUCAGAGAUACGCAACAAAGCAACAUCAUUGGGUAUUCACUGGACCUUUAACAUGACCUUCGAUCAUAUCCAUGAGUUGGUGAUGCAAGUUGAAGAUAAGCAGGAAUCGCUUUCCACCCUAGGUCAAACAGUCGCACCAGAGAAAGGCCGAGAGGCAUCACCGGACGUGCCGAAGUACGACGCCGCCGCUGCGAAGCGCUGGGCAGACAUCAAUUUUCCCCCAUGGACCGACUGGAGUGCACACCGGGCUACCGAGCAACCCACUGCGUCAUCAAAAAUCAACGAAAUGGUAGCGCGGCCAACAGCAAGUCCAAGGACUUCGUCUGUUGCAAACAAGAGUCUGGAGAACGGGGAAGGGGAACGCCGACCUCGUUCUUCGAGUAAAGCGAAGAGCUCGCAUUUCCGAGUGGAUCCGAGAGGACUGUUGGGGGAGUCUCCCGGCCCUGGUACCAUCAUCAACAUCACGCAGAAGAAAGCUGGUGCGAGACAGCAUACCAGGAAAUCACGACGGUCUUGACCAUCAGACUGUCCUGUCCAGGAACUAGCAAAGUCAAUCAGAGAGCAAGCGGCAUAGCAUUGGGUUCGGACGAGAGCGGCUUUUUUACCCUUGUAUGUAUCAACAGUGGUUUGGGGUGAGGCAUGAAGGGUUUAUUUUCCAUUGUUGUAUUUUCCGGCGAACACAGCCUUGAAAUGAUGCCUAGAUGAUGAGGAUAUCUAGGCGGUCGCUACUCGGGUAAUAAUUGAAGUUCGGGGGCAUGGUUAGGCAUGAUGCGAGGGCAUACCACUUGGGUCGAUGAACCGACAUCACAACAACUACGCUGAGGGAAGUUAUUCAUAUUUCUGGUGUCGACUGCUCAAUUUCUCAAACGAUACCAGUUCUAGUGUUGCUUUUCAAGGAAAGUGCCUUUAACAGGUUUGGGCCAGAUGACCUGUGGUUGGUGAUCGAUUGUUGGGAAAUGCUUCGUCAAUUGGGUGGCUAGCCAAGGCCUAAUUUUAGCAACUAAGUAGAAAUGAAGAAAUCGAUGUAAUAACUUGAAUGAUCC